GUGGAUAAUUGACAAAUUUAGAUCUGAGUCCCUAAGUUGUAGGGUAUCUGAUUUGGAUCCAAAGGUCAACAACUGAGCAAUGGCGAAGAACACCAACCUAAGCUCUGGAACCCCAAAUCCUCUACUCUUGUUCUUAUGUUUCACCACUCUCAUGCUCCUUCGAACCGAGGCUGUAUGGUUAACCAUCCCAAGUAAGGGAACUAAGUGCAUGUCUGAGGAAAUCCAGGCACACGUCGUCGUUUUAGCAGAUUACUACGUUGUAGCCGAGGAUGGCAAGGGUCACCAACCUCAAACAGUUUCUGUCAAGGUGACAUCCCCUUAUGGAAAUAAUCUUCACCAGAAUGAAAAUGUUACCCAUGGUCAGUUUGCAUUUACAACUUCGGAGAGUGGGAACUAUGUGGCGUGCUUUUGGAUGGAUACCAAACAUCAAGAAGGUGGAGUAGAGACCACAAUCAGCCUUGAAUGGAAAACUGGAAUCGCUGCCAAAGAUUGGGACUCCGUUGCAAGAAAGGAAAAGAUAGAGGGUGUUGAACUUGAGCUAAGGAAACUUGAAGGGGCCGUGGAAGCCAUCCGGGACAAUCUAAUUUAUUUGAAGAAUAGGGAAGAGGAGAUGAGGGAAGUUAGUGAAACAACAAAUGCUAGAGUGGCUUGGUUCAGUAUCUUAUCUCUUGGCAUCUGCAUCUGUGUUUCGGUGUUGCAGCUAUGGUAUCUGAAGCGCUUCUUUCGUAAGAAGAAGCUCAUAUAGAUAUUGCUUUAUUGUGACACUUACCCACAGCAGAUUGUUUUCUCAAGUUUUGGAGAUGACUCAAACAUUGUAUAGUUUUUCUUCUUGGGAAUCCUUUUGGGGUUUGUGGGUUGACCCUGCAAGGGCUAUGCGGAAAUUGGAGAGUUUGAUUCUUUCUUUCUUGGAGCUAAUCGAAUGGUGGUAACUGGUUUUGAUUAUUGAGCAGCUAUUAUAUAUAAGAGUUCCUUCAGUAUUUUGUCAAUUGGAAAAGGCAUUCACAGUUAGCAUUUGCUGCAAAUGAUUUCCCCUGAAAGGGACUGAUAUGCCCUGUUUUUCUAGAAGGGAUAGACUUCAAUCUAAGCAAAUGUUUUGAGUAAAGCUUAUGAUAUUGAUGAAACGAAACAAAUGUGUAGAGCUGUGGGUGAAAUGUUUGUUGUGCACAAAUGUUUGAUGCCUUAGUUGUACUAAUUUUCCUUUUUGAAGAUAUUAAUUGUACGAAGUUUAAGGUGAUUUAAUUGAGUAUUUAUAUUGUAGAAGUUUCCA